ACCUUCUUGCACAUUACCAACUGCCUAUGGACAGUCUGGACAGGGAUUUGAUACUCAACCCUUCAGGCCUGGAUUCAAGAGUCUACGGUAGUCCAGAACUGGUACGGGGUGUCAAGGCGUCAGCUCUCAAGCUUGAUGGCCGAUCCCAGUGGAUCCGUGUAAGUGGUCCCAGCCAUAAGGGAGAAUGCUUUGGAGAUCUUGACCGUUGCCAACAGGGUUACUAUGUUGGAAUGUGGAUUCAGCUGCAGUCUGUACCAGACCAGAAAACUGUGCUCAUGUCAAAUGGAGGUCACCUCAGUGAUGGCCAUGGCAUUGCUAUGAGCUACUCACAAAGUGGCCUGGAAUUUGUUUUUAAGACUAAAAACGGACAGGAAUGGAGAGUGGAGGAGCGAGAUGUCUUACCUGGCAAAUGGUAUCAUGUAGCUGCAUCCUGGCACGCGGACAGAGGUUUAUAUCUGUACAUUAAUGGUCAGCAAGUUGCUCAUGAGAGGUCACCUCGCCGGACCACAGAAGCUAGGGAAGAUAGCCCACACAUAACAACAAAACUUGGGAUCUUAAUUCCAAUGAUGUCUGGGGAAGCACAUGAUGAUGAUGAUGAUGAUGAUGAUGAUGAUGAUGAUCUGUCACCACUGUACACUUCUGUAAUAGUAUAUCCAGCAGUUGCAUUAGGUUCUUUUUCAACCUGUUUACACUUUCUCUUGUUAGGCCCAGCGUUCCACUACUACUUACCAAUGAACAGCAUCAAUGUAGACAGACUUGAUGCAGUCGGCAUCGAUGCCAGAGUUCAUGGCCAGCUUCAGACAGUGCCAGGAAAGAUCAGACAGGCUGUGAGUUUUCUUGACUACGGAGGUUACAUCAAUCUGGGAAAUUCAUCCGAGAAAUGUCUUGGAGAUUUUGAAAAAUGCAAGAAUGGUUUUUAUAUAUCAUUUUUCAUUCGGUUUAAUCGCAUACAAAAUGACAGAGGUUAUAUAUUCAGUUCCCCAUAUGGCCUGGAUAUUUAUCAAAGUGGAACACAACUUGUGGCAGCUGCUCAGAGAGAUCGCAGCACCUGGGAGGCUCGCUACAAUGGUCUCAACCCAGGAACUUGGUACUUUAUUGAAGUGACCUGGUCUUUGAAUGAUGGACUUACUCUUUAUGUAAAUGGUCAAGAAGUUAAUCGCCAGAAGCAGGAGAGCACUGCGAGGGAGCGAAGGUCUACAAGAGAGACAAAUGCUUUUAUUGGUAGAAGUAACGAAGGAGGAAGAAGGGAACAAUUAACUGAUGCAGUUAUCGAUGAACUGGACAUCUAUUAUGGUACAAGAGAGAUGCUGUCCCAGGUUGGCUUCAUCAGAACAGGACAGCCAGAAUACUUUCACUUUGACUUUGAGGAUAUCAGACUGGACCGCAUUAUUCACGAUAAAAUGGUCAUAACUCUGACAGGGGACGCCAGUCAGACUGCUGGAAAACUGGGUAAAGCUUUGACGUUCAGUGGAAACAAUGAGUUUGCUGAUUUUGGUGACCAUAGAGCGAGCUGUUUUGGCAACCUUGAUCAUUGCCAUCAUGGAGUUCUAUACUCUCUGUGGCUUCGACCAGACAAACUACGAAAUAAAAUGUACUUUCUUUCCAGCGGUGAUAAUGGGGUGAAUCUAGUAUACAGAGGACAGAAACUUCAUGCAAGUGCUUUGACGUCUGCAAGGCAGUGGGAAGCGUCCACUUCAAAAAUUGAUGCUGACAGAUGGUACUUCAUUGAAGUUUCCUUUCAUCCACUCCGUGGACUUAGUCUGUACAUCAACAAUGAACUGGUAGCUGAAGAUAUCAAACCCAGAGCCCGCACUACUUCACCAGCACAGAUACCAGAAUAUAACAGAUUUUACUUGGGACGGGGAAACGUAGACAUGGCAGAUUCAAGGUACGCUGCUGCCACCUAUGAUGAGAUGGAUGUCUGGUACGCAGACCGGGACUAUGCCUCAGCCCAUGGAUAUAUCCAGAGAAACCGUCCUCAGAAUUUUAUUAUUGACUUUGAAGAGCUAAUGGAUGAAGACAGACUCUACCAUCCAGUGCUGCCAAUCAGGCUCAUCGGCAGACCAGUACUAGCUCCAGGAAAGGUGAAUAAUGCGCUGGAGUUAAGUGGACGAGGUCAGUAUGCAGAUCUUGGUCGACGUGAAGGUGAAUGUUUCAACAAUCUGGCCAAAUGUAAAAAUGGCAUCACCAUAGCGUCUUGGAUGAAGUUUCGCCGGUUUGAGAAUAACAUGGUAUUCUUGUCAACUGGAGAAAAUGGAAUUCUCAUGAUCUACAAAGAUGGCUACCUGAGAGUCAGUGCCAGUGGCAGAGGUGCUAUCAAUCUACCAAGGUUAGAAAGUGGCCGGUGGUAUUUUAUUGAAAUCACAUGGCAUCCCGAUACAGGCCUUGAGGUUUACAUUGACAAUGAAUUGCAUGGAAAAUCUGGCAAGGAGUUUGUGAUUUCAAAUGAUGUGCCCGAUGACAGAUAUUCUACUGGCAUCUUUGAUGUUGAUGAAAUGGAAAUUUGGUAUGGUAAAAGAGAUGAUCUUUUGGCCUUUGGAUUCAUCAACCGAGUUCAAGUGGUGCCACAGACAAUUACAUUUGAUGAUUUCCAAAACAACAUUAUGAGAAUACGUGAUAGGGAGAUCCGGGGAUAUGGGGAUAUUCGAGUGGGAGUUGCCCACGGUAGAGGGGAAAACACCAGAGCUGUUUAUCUGCUGGGCACAACUGGAUAUUUGGAUCUUGGAACAAAUUUUACUUGUGGAGGUGACCUGGAGUCCUGCAAACAAGGUGCAACAAUUCGACUUGGCCUUCGACCAUCAGAUCUGCAAGAUGGCAUGGUUUACUUUGACUCAUUCCCAGUGAGACUCUACUACAAAGAUGGUCGAUUAUUUGGCCAGUUUCAAACAGCCACUCAAUUAUGGACAGUGAGCUCACCAGAAUUUAGACCAGGUGUCUGGCAGAGGGUAGAGCUGACCUGGCACCCACGGGAAGGUCUUAUUAUGUAUAUAAAUGGACAGAGGGUGGCCUACCAGGUCUCCGCUGUAGACCAGGUAGUGCAGAUACCAGCUGACUGGAGAACUUACUUUGGUCGAGCACUCCUAGUAAGUCAUGAUUGUUGCUUAACAUGGAUAAUCAUUAGAAUCAAUGCUUUAUCUUGUCACUACAAUACAAAAUAUCAGCUGUUUGUU